AGGUCUGGUGCUAGGUGCAAUGGUGGGUGCUUUGACCCUUGGGUCGUCACUGCCCAGUUUCAUCCGAGGGGUUGCAGGAGAGGAUGUUAAAUGGCAAUAUGUGAUCCUGGCAUCUACAGGCUUGGCAGCAGUGGGUGCGCUGUCUGUGCUGCUGCUGGGUCGGGACGGGCCCUACUCAACGCCUCUGAAGGUGAUCAAAGUGUCAGCUGUGCCGCAGUUGUUCAGAGUGCCCAGUUUAUUGCUGGCUAUUCUUGCAUAUACAUGUCAUAACUUUGAGCUGUAUGCCGUUUGGUAG